GAGCUUUACAUAGAACACAAAGUAGAAUCUCUACCAUCGAAACAUCCCGCCAUGUCAUCCGCAAACCCAGCGGUCGCCGCCGCCCUGACCGCCGUAGAAUCCCGUCGAGCAGCUCAACGUCAAGCCGAGCUCGAAGAGCUCGAAUCCGACCUGGACAACGAUAAUGAGGUCUCUGACGAGAGCGACGAGGAAGAGGACGAGUACGGGGAAGAGUUGACCCCGGCUAUGGACGCUGCGAUCUUGAGGACCUUGAGGUUGAUCAGGAGCGGCAAGGGGGUUUAUGAGGGGGAAAAGGUCAUCGAAGAGGCUUUGAAGGAUACGAGCAUUCAAGCCGAAACCCUCAAGUUGAACCACCCUCGAGCUCAAGCAGCUACCAAGAAAUUCACCUUGCAAGACCACCAACGCGCCGCCCUCCUAGCCUCUUCCCACUCCAACUUCGAUUCCGGCCAGCCCGAAGUCUUACCGGACACGCUCAUCCCCCUGACCCACGUUCAGGAAGAGAGACAGUUACGGGAAGAAGUGACUAGGGCUUUCCAUACUGCCAUUCCCUCCGCCUCUGGGGGUGGAGUCCCUAAAGGCAAAGGCAAAGGAGAGGGAGAAGAUGAGGAUGAGGAUGAGGAUGAAGACGAUUUCUUGGUGACCAAAACGACUCUGCAGGUGGACGAUGCCGAAGCGAAAAAAUACCGGGACUUUCUCUUGGCCCAAGCUGGGGGUGAAGAGGGCGUUCGGGAGAUCUUGGGGAUGGGCGGGUUCCCGGAGAGGAUGCAAGGUCAAGGUCAAAACCAAGGGAAGCGGGCUAUCAAGGCUGUGGAUGGGGAGGAGGAUGCCGGUGAUGCGGAUGUGGAUGUGGAAGAUGCCGAGGGAAAGGAAGGAAAGGGAGGGGAUGGGAAGAGGGUGAGGACGAAGGAUGAUGAUGAAGAGUUCUUGAUGAACUACAUCCUGAACCGAGGCUGGAUCGACCCUUCAGACGAAGCGGGCACCACUUCCCACGCCGGCGAAUUCAAGCCCAAGAAGCAAGCUCGAGCUCGACGGGACGAUGCCGCAGAGGAAGGUCCGAACGCGAAUCCAUGGGGAACUCUGGAGGAUGAUAGCGAUUUCGAUGAAAAGGCGGAAGAGUUUGAGAACACUUAUAAUUUCAGGUUUGAAGAGCCGGGCGCGGCCAACAUCACCACCCACGCGAGAAAUCUGACAACGACAGCUCGACGGACGGACGAGACACGGAAGACGGCUCGACAACUCAAAGCCGAACGGAAAGCCGAACAAGCCGCUCAGCGGGCCGAGCAGACCAAGCAGGAAAAGGGGAAGAAGCGAAGAGAGAUCGAAAAGCGGAUGGAAGCUCUGAGAAAAGAGUUGGGGGACAAGGCGUUUGGAAUGUUGGAAGAAGAGAUGGAGGGCGAUUGGGAUGAAGAGGUGUUCGAUCGGGCGAUGGACAAGGUCUUGGCGGCCGGGUUGGAUGAUGACGAGAAGCCGACGUGGGGGGAUGACAUCGAUACCGCCUAUGCCGAGGAUGAUGAGGACGAGGAGGGGGGCGGCGAGAUGGAUUACGCUGGUGAAGGGGAAGAGUACCCCGAGUUCGAUCAGGCGUAUGCACCCGGAGGCGAUGCCGAAGAGGACGUCGACAUGGAGGCCGAGGAACCGCCUUUGAACAUGGACGCCGACUUUAUCUCCAUCGACGACGCCACGUCCAAGCGUAAACAACGCAAGGAAAAGAAGAACAAGAAAAAGGACAAGGGCAAGGGAAAGGAACGGGUCGAGGAUGUCGAGGUGGAGGAGGAGCAGGGGUUGACAGUCGCUCAGCAAAAGGAGAAGGUCAAGCAGGCUUUGGAAGAGUACAAGAAGCUUGAUUACGAAGACAUGAUCGGCGAUCUCCCUACCCGAUUCAAAUAUCAGAAGGCCGCCCCGCAAGACUAUGGUCUGACACCGGCUGAGAUCCUGUUGGCGACCGACGCAGAGCUCAACCAGUUCUUGGGCAUGAAGCAUUACGCGCCGUAUCGACACGGUUCCGGGGUCGGCGCUGCCGGUCGAGGGAUGCGAGAUCGACUGAAGGAGCUCAAGGCCAAGCUGGCGAAGCGAAAGUGGGGAGAAGUGCCCGAGGACGAAGAGGCUACGGGCGGUCGAUCUCGGGAUCAAGGAUGGGGUCAGAACAAGGGCGGACAAGGUUCGUCUGCUGGUCCCGCCAAGAAACGAAAGGGAAAGAAGGAGAGGCAAAAGCAAGCCGCUGCCGCCGGUGCCGAUGUGGAAGGCGGGGCGGCUCAGGUUCCGGGACCAUCGACGGGGACGAAAAGGAAGAACGCCGAAGACGAUCGAGGCGAGGGUGCGAGCAAGCGACAACGAGCAUGAGUAUCGGCGG